AUGUCUACAUUGAAAUCGAAGUGGACUCUAUGGUCAAAUAUCCUCCUGUCAUCGAAUAUUUCUUGGUUCGAUUGUCCCGACAGUCCCACAACUCAAUGUGCGUUUUUUGAAACUCCUAUGGACUACUCGAACCCUAACAAUAACUCCACGGUAUCAAUAUUCCUGCGCAAGUUGCCAGCCAAGGUUCCCGCGGACCAACGUUUGGGUACAAUUCUGACUAACCCAGGGGGGCCUGGCGGGUCAGGCAGUGCAUUCGUUGCUUCCGGGGGCGAAGAGUUGAGUACCAUUGUUGAAGGAAGGUACGACAUAAUUGGAUUUGAUCCUCGUGGUGUCAACUUGACAGGCCCUUCAACUGCCUGCUUCAAUGUUGAAACCAAAUUCUUACUUCGGGAAUAUCAACUGAGACUGCAGGGCGCACCCUUUCCGCCACUAGACAAUACCACUCAGCGCGAGCAUAUAAGACGACUUAGCGCUCUUCAGGCCGGGCACGAUGACGCCUGUGAAAGAAAUGGGAAUCAGAAUGUGCUCGAAUCAGUUGGAACUGUUGCUGUCGCGAGGGACAUGGCUGCGAUUACAGAAGCACUCGGUGAGGACGGAUUAAAUUUCUGGGGUUAUUCAUACGGAACUAUCCUUGGGGCUAUUUUUGCUGCUAUCAAGCCCAAUCUCGUCAAACGAAUGGUAUUGGAUGGGGUUUCCGACUCGGAAUCGUACUUCAACGAUAUCUUACAAUGGGGCCGAGAUGGCAUGCAGAAUACCAACAAGACCCUGACCGGUUUUCUGUCAACUUGCAUCGAGGCCGGACCAAACUUUUGUACUAUGGCUGUGCCGCCUAUUGGAACAAACGAAACCCAAACAGUAGAAACCCUCCGAAAGCGCUUAGACUCAUUGUACUCAAAACUCGCCCAAGAACCGUUAAUCAUUGCCGAUUCAAGAGCGGCAGGAUCCGGGUUCCUGAAGGCGUCUGAUAUUCAGUACUUGAUUCUCUCUGUGCUAUACGAUCCCACUUCUUGGAGGACUCUGGCAGACGUGCUGGUCCAGGUUGAACGUGGUAAUGGUGCUAACGCAUAUAAUGCUCUUUAUGGUGGUUUCUCGCAAAUCAUACCCAGGUCGUAUAGUGAGAACAUCUAUAAUCGUUCCAUGCAAUCCUAUGGCACUUCAGAAUCAUUGUAUCCUGUUUUAUGUGGGGACUCUUCAUACCUCAACAUUACCAAUGAUAGAUAUAGCAAUUAUAUUCGCGAGUUAGGACGGAUCAGUCCAGCAGGGGAACAGUGGGCUCUCACCGUAGGCGGUUGUCGCGAAUGGUCUUUCCGCGCGCGGGAGCGUUAUACGGGCCCUUGGAGUGUGAAAGAUGGACUAAAGAAAACAAGGUUCCCUAUUCUGUUUGUGAGCUUGGAUGCAGAUCCGGUUACCCCACUCCCAUCGGCUGUCAAGAUGAGUCGUGCAUUUGGGAAUGAAUCGGCCACGCUCCUGGUUCAGCAAGGUUAUGGACAUUGCUCGAUCGCUCACCCUUCAUUAUGUACCGCACGGAAUAUCCGCGAUUACUUCGUGAGCGGGAAGGUUCCUAAUAAUGGAACCUAUUGUACCCCAGAACCGGGAUACAUCUAUCCCAACGUCAACAAGACCGAAGAGAGACGAUCUUUGAGUAAAAGGGAUGAAGAUCUAUUGGGGGCUAUAUCCAGGCUUAGGGAUGCAAGAACCAAGACGCAGUUUUCCGGACUUGAUGCUGCCACCGCUUCAACGACGUGA